GAGAAAAGAGAAUGAAGGAAAGUAUAGCAGAAACAGAAGAAGGUACAGGAAUAGAAUGGUAAAAAACAAAUGAAUUUAAAGAAAUGAAAAAUGAGAAAAAGAAAAAUGAAGAUAAAAAAGAAGAAGAAACGGUUCCAUAUAAGAAACCUUACCGUUUUUGUGUUUUUUGUAAGAAGAUGUGCUCCAAACUUACUGAUCACAUUAAAAAUUGCCAUAAAGAACUAAAGGUAGUAAAAAAAACACUAAUGCUGAAAAAAAGAGAGCGUGUGAAUGCUUUUCAGCAGAUGAAAAGAUUGGGGAUCAAAGAAUUUAAUGAAAAAGAAGCUGUUAAAAAAAAUCCGAUAUAUCAGGGUGAGAAAAAAAGAAGAAAGCAUCAAAAAUUGGUUAGAUGUAGUAUUUGUUCUGCUUUUAUAUCAAAACGAUUUUUCUCGACCCACAAACACCGUUGCUCUAAGAAGUUCGACUCUACUGCUGUGCCGAUACCGUUGCUUGAAGACUGCCUAUUAACAUCAACAAGGUUAAGCGAUGAAUUUAUAAUUGACGUUUUGGGCAAGGUCAGGGAUGACGAAUUGGGAGGGAUUGUACGAAAGGACGAAUUCAUCCUGUACUUAGGAUACAAACAUUAUAACAAGAACAAACACAAGAAAAGCAAAAUUGCGACUGUAAGAAAAACUGCUAGAAGUGAAAUGAGGCUUUUAGCCCAAAUGUAUAAGGCUGCAAUAUCGUUUGCAGGCUUUAUGGGCACUAAUGGUAACGUUAUCGAUUUAUUUUGCCGCGAGAACUUUCACCAUUUGUGUGAUGCGGUGGAGAUGAUAACUCAACGUGAGACUGGAAAGAUGAAGGCUGGUCUUAGGCAUAAAGCCUAUUAUCUUAUAAUUAAAUCUUGUAAAAGGCUACGUGACCGCUUUUUUAUUGAGAAGAAAGAGAAUCUAUCAAAUGAGAUUGAUUCAUUUUUAAAAUCAGUUAAGUCGAGCGAGGAUACAUUUCUCACUAGUGCGCAAUAUUUAUUGGAGAACGAAAAGCUGAGGAAGACAAGAAAACCAUGCCAGUUACCACUAGAAGAAGAUAUAAAGAAACUCCAUGCUUUCACGUUAAACCGCAUCAAACAUUUAACAAAUGAGUACACUCUGAUGACACCAUCAACCUUUAUAGAACUUCGUAAUGUCACCAUGGUACGUCUGACUCUUCUAAAUGCAAGACGGGGAGGAGAGGUAGGUCGUCUUUUACUCAGUGAGUGGGAUGAAGCAGAAAAGGAUGGAUGGAUUGAUCAACAAAGGCUACAAACGUUAACUCUAUCGGACCGAAUGCUUGUCAAAUCAUUAAAAAUUGCCUAUUUAGCUGGAAAAGGAAAUAAACACAUUGUGUCAAUGAUAGUUCCAAAUGACACAGUUAAAGCCUUGCAGCAUCUCUCCAGAGUCGAUUUUAGAAAAAGUGCUGGAGUUGCUAAGGAUAAUAAUUUUUUAUUUGCAAGUACACAGCUCUCAGACGUACAAUUUUCUGGGUGGCAUGCUCUCAAAGGUGUAUGUUCUAAAGUAACAGCAUUGAAAAAACCAGAGCUUAUAAAUUGGACCAACAAUCGCCAUAGAGUCAGCACCAUUUACGCUAGUUUGGAUAUUGCAGAGACUGAUAGAUAG